ACUUUUCCCUCCUCUCUCCCUCUCCAUUUACUUCUCCAGCUAUAAUCGGCUAUUGUAUAUACACUCCUUGCCACCAUAUCUUCCCCCGUCGUCGCGUCACGUCGCAGCCAUGUCUCGCCUCGACACCGAUAAGUCGGCGUACCUGGCCAACCAGGAAGAGGUGGAGAUGGAUGAUCGCAAUGGCAUGUCCGGCACGGCAAAGGACGCGCAAGAGAUGGAGCGGCUGGGCAAGCAGCAGCAGCUGAACCGUAACUUUCGCUUCAUCUCCAUCCUCGGCUUCUCCAGCACCGCCAUGAGCACAUGGGAAAUCUGCAUCUCCUCCACCAUCUUCGGCCUGCUGAACGGUGGGCUUGCUGGACUCGUCUGGGCCUUUUUCGUCGUCUGGCUGGGCUACAUCACCGUCUUUGCAUCCAUCGCUGAAAUGGCGUCAAUGGCACCAACCUCAGGUGGUCAAUACCAUUGGGUCUCCGAAUUCUCCCCUCGACGCUGCCAGCGCUUCCUCAGCUACCUCGUCGGCUGGAUCUCCGUGCUAGGGUGGCAGACGGGUCUGGCAUCAAUCGCCUUCAUUGCUGGAACGCUCAUUCAGGGCCUGAUUGUGCUCAACAACGCCGACUACGUCUUUGAGCGAUGGAAUGGAACACUGCUCGUCAUUGCCCUGGUCGCAUUCGCCGUGCUGUUCAACACCUUCUUCGCCAAACGUCUUCCCGCCAUCGAGGGCAUGGUGCUGAUUCUGCACUUGUUGGGCUUCUUCGGCAUCAUCAUCCCUCUGUGGGUCCUGGCUCCCCGCAACUCGGCCAAGGAAGUCUUCACCUCCUUUGAAAACUUGGGCGGCUGGCCGACUCAAGGCCUAUCCUUCAUGGUCGGCAUGCUCACCUCCGUCUACGGUUUGUUGGGCGCCGACUCGGCCGUGCACAUGUCGGAGGAGAUCCGCAAUGCCUCGAUCGUACUACCCCGCGCCACCGUGUGGUCCAUCUUCAUCAACGGUGCUUUCGGCUGGAUCAUGAUGAUCACCUUUGCCUUCACCUGCGGCAAUCCCCUCAACAUUGUGGAUUCCACGACCGGCUAUCCCUUCAUCGAAGCCUUCUACAACGCCACCGGCAGUAAGACCGGCGCAUCCAUCAUGGUCGCCAUUAUGAUCAUCAACAUCACCUCUUCCGUCAUCAGCACGCUCGCCACCGUCUCCCGUCAGCUGUGGAGCUUUGCCCGAGAUCGUGGCGUUCCUUUUGCUUCGUUCGUCGCUCACGUAAGUCUGCCAUUCCAUCUUUCGACACACCAUAUCCCCUCUAACACUCACAUUCAGGUCAAACCCGGCUGGAACAUCCCGCUCAACGCCGUCCUCAUCUCCUUCUGCGUCACCUCGCUGCUCUCCCUCAUCAACAUUGGCAGCACCGCCGCCUUCCAAGCCAUCUCCUCCCUCGGCACCAACUCGCUCCUCACUACCUACAUCAUCUCCAUCGGGUGCGUGCUCAUUCGGCGGAUCCGUGGGCAGCCGCUGCCCGAGCGCCGCUGGAGCCUGGGACGCUGGGGCGGGCCGAUCAACGUUGUCGCCCUCUGCUUCCUCUGCUGGAUCUGGGUGUUCUUGUUCUUCCCCACCACCACGCCCGUCACGCUGGUGGGCAUGAACUGGAACGUGCUGAUCAACGGUGGCGUCAUCCUCCUUGCCGUUGGGUAUUACUUUAUCCACGGCAAGAAGGUGUACAGCGGACCGGUGGUGCUUGUGAAGCAGCAGUGAUUGCGAUGUUCUGGAUAUGCUUCGAUUUUGAUUAGAAUUGUAUGUAGAUUUUGCUCGCUUAUGCGCAGGAUGAUACAGCGAGCCUUUGCUCAAUCAACGAUGAUUACGCUUCUCUAAGCCAUGUUCGAUUUUCGUGUUCAUGCACGAAGCUCAUUCUA